AUGGGGGAGAGGAGGAGAAGAGGGGGAAGAGGGGAAGUAGAUUGGGGAGAGGGGAGGCUAGGCUUUCAUGAAGAGAGAGAAGAGGUCCGGGUGCCAUCAAAGCUCACCCACCCCAUCAAGACCCUGAAGGAGGGAGUGAAGGAGGGAGUGAAGGAGGGAGUGAAGGAGGGAGUGAAGGAGGGAGUGAAGGAGGGAGUGAAGGAGGGAGUGAAGGAGGGAGUGAAGGAGGGAGUGAAGGAGGGAGUGAAGGAGGGAGUGAAGGAGGGAGUGAAGAAGGGAGUGAAGGAGGGAGUGAAGGAGGGAGUGAAGGAGGGAGUGAAGGAGGGAGUGAAGGAGGGAGUGAAGGAGGGAGUGAAGGAGGGAGUGAAGGAGGGAGUGAAGGAGGGAGUGAAGGAGGGAGUGAAGGAGGGAGUGAAGGAGGGAGUGAAGGAGGGAGUGAAGGAGGGAGUGAAGGAGGGAGUGAAGGAGGGAGUGAAGGAGGGAGUGAAGGAGGGAGUGAAGGAGGGAGUGAAGGAGGGAGUGAAGGAGGGAGUGAAGGAGGGAGUGAAGGAGGGAGUGAAGGAGGGAGUGAAGGAGGGAGUGAAGGAGGGAGUGAAGGAGGGAGUGAAGGAGGGAGUGAAGGAGGGAGUGAAGGAGGGAGUGAAGGAGGGAGUGAAGGAGGGAGUGAAGGAGGGAGUGAAGGAGGGAGUGAAGGAGGGAGUGAAGGAGGGAGUGAAGGAGGGAGUGAAGGAGGGAGUGAAGGAGGGAGUGAAGGAGGGAGUGAAGGAGGGAGUGAAGGAGGGAGUGAAGGAGGGAGUGAAGGAGGGAGUGAAGGAGGGAGUGAAGGAGGGAGUGAAGGAGGGAGUGAAGGAGGGAGUGAAGGAGGGAGUGAAGGAGGGAGUGAAGGAGGGAGUGAAGGAGGGAGUGAGCCAGAGUCGAGGGAAAGGCGGUAGCACCCAAGACCAGAAGCAGGCAAGGAGGAAACACAAAAAGGUGUGGCAAUCCCUUUCUUACCUGCCGUGGCACUCCCUUACCUGCUGUGGCACUCCCUUACCUGCUGUGGCACUCCCUUACCUGCUGUGGCACUCCCUUACCUGCCGUGGCACUCCCUUACCUGCCAUGGCACUCCCUUAG